UGGCGGUGGCGGCGGUAGUAGCGCGCGCGCGGCGCUCGGCUGCGGUGGAUGCUGCGGGACCCCGACUCGGGGACCACCCUCUCGGGCGAUAUGUUGCCCUUGCCUUGACCCCGCUCUCACCCCCUCUCCCCCCUCAUCUCCGCACCCCUGUGGCUCCGCUCCCACCAUUUUCAUGAGGUCGCGAGAGGCCGGCGCGUGGCAGCGCGCGGCGGAAGACGAUGCACUGGGGCGUGGGUCUCGCCUCCUCCCGCUCGUGUGUGGUCGAUCUGGGCCGGAACCAGAGCUGGUCCUCGCUGGGCUUGGGCGGCUCCGAUGAGCGGCACUCCCUGUACGGGUGCAUCGUGGCCUUCCCCCUGCACGAGCACGGCGGGAUCAUGUCGGGACUCGGGUCCGAUUCGUGGUGGAAGAAGACGCUCUACCUGACCGGCGGGGCGCUGCUGGCCGCGGCCGCCUACCUCCUGCACGAGCUGCUGGCGAUCAGGAAGGAGCAGGAGUUGGACUCCAAAGAUGCCAUCAUCUUGCACCAGUUCUCAAGGCCCAAGAGUGGAGCUCCUAGCCUGUCACCUUUCUGCCUCAAGAUGGAGACAUACCUGCGCAUGGUGGACCUGCCUUACCAGAACUACUUUGAUGGGAAACUGUCUCCGCAAGGCCAGAUGCCCUGGAUUGAGUACAACCACGAGCAGGUGUCAGGCACCGAAUUCAUCAUCGACUUCCUGGAGGAGAAGCUCGGCGUGAACCUCAACAAGAGCCUUAGUCCCCAGGAGAGAGCCGUGUCCCGGGCCAUCACCAAGAUGGUGGAGGAGCACUUCUACUGGACCAUCGCAUACUGCCAGUGGGUGGACAACCUGGAGGAGACUCAGAAGAUGUUGGCAGUGAGCGGGCCCCUGAGCGACCUGCUCAAGUGGAUCCUGAGUCACCUGACCGGCGGCAUCGUCAGGCGGGAGAUGUAUGGCCACGGCAUUGGCCGAUUCUCAAAGGAGGAGGUGUACGCCCUCAUGGAGAAGGACAUGCGCACACUGGCUACGUUGCUAGGCGAUAAGAAGUACAUAAUGGGACCAAAGCUGUCAACACUGGAUGCCACAGUCUUUGGUCAUCUUGCCCAAGCCAUGUGGACGUUGCCUGGCACUCGACCCGAAAAGCUAAUUAAAGGGGAGCUUAUCAACCUAGCCAUGUACUGUGAGCGGAUUCGCAGGAAGUUCUGGCCCGAAUGGUACGUGGACGUCGAUGACUUCUAUUACGACGGCUCCAGCGAGUCCAGCGGCUCACCCUCCAGACUGCUGGACUUCAGCUUGUACUCGCGGACUGAGACCUUUGAGGAGGAGGUGACCGGGAACAGCCUUUCGUGCUCGCGCACGCCCGACACGGACGCCACCGGUUGUUCGCUCUUCGACUCUGAGCUGGACUCGGAGGCCUCCGACCAAGAUCAGCCCAAGCGCUAACCGCCGGCCGACCGUAGGUCCCCGCAAAGCGUGGAAGUUCUCAGAGGAGACCCCGAUAGGAGCGAACGACCUCCGUAUGGCGUCUCCUUCCCGAAAAUGACAUUACAUCGUUUUGCUCCCCCCACGAGUGACCUCAUCCCUGUGACGAGGCUACGGCCCCGAGCGCGAACUCUCCUCUCGGUCGAGCUGCAACCACACGGCGCGUCCCGGGUGCUGCAUGUGUCCUGGCAGUUAGGAACAUCUCAAUAGCGCGGAACUGAACAGGACGUGUACAUAUACCCCUUAGAUAGAACCAGACUCGAAAUAUGGCAAAUAUAUCAAUAGAUAUAGUAUGAAGCGUGUAGGUGGGACUGUCUUAGUCCACUGUGUGACUGUGCACCGAUCAAUAAGAGACUGCAGUCGCUCCAUCGCAGAGGAUCUUCUGCAUGACGUGCGUUCGGGAGCCCGAUCGCGCAAAGGUGAAACGGAGCAGAAAGCGCUCACACCCCUAGAACACGCGUUGGUGUCACGUACUUCCUUUCGUUUCAUGAUUUUUGCUGCAUGCUGGCUGGACUUCACGUUUGUCAUGAAUGUGCUCGCUGAAGGCGUUCUCCCCGUUUGUUUACCUCCGACCGCUUUGCUAGGGAUCUCGGAUCUCGGUAUCGACAGCGUGGGUGUGAGCUAAUGCGGGAAGAUUCGGGGGAGCACAGUGCGCGCGCGGAGCGGCCACACCCUCACGCUCUUCUUAUGCACAGCCUGGCAUGUGAAACGCACGUGAAGGUCAUCCGUUCGGUGUUCCGAGGAGCGCGUCGAUGUCGCCGUUCUGUCGAGUCCAGUCUUGAGGUCACGUCCCUGCAGCGGCUCCCUCGGCCUCCCUCGGUUCUCGAUCUCCUCCUACGCGUUAGCGCGUGAGCGGUAUCACUCUGCAUGUUUAGUGCAUGUUCUUGUCUUGGAUUAGACACCCGUGCAUCUGUCACACUGACAGCCUUAUGCUUUUAUGCCUGGUCUUUAUUUACAGUCUGAGCCAGUA